GUGCUUCGACCAGACGCUUCCGAACACGUUUCGAAGGGCGGGCGCGCACCCGGUGAGCCGCGCGGCGCUGCCCAAGUUUAGCGCGUCCACGAUGUCGCACCGGUGGCCGACGACGAAGCCGGGGACGUCGGAGUAUCUCAAGAGGGGCGACGGGGAGAAGAUCAAGUCGGGCCGCCGAAGGCUGGCGCGUUCCAAGAACGUCAUCUCGUGGAAGGUGGACGUGGAAAAGCUCGAUUUCCAUCAUUACCUCCCCAUCUUCAUGGACGGCGUUCGGGAGAAGGAGGAGCCGUACCGGUUCCUCGCGGUGAAGGGCGUGGAGGACUUGCUCAAGGCGGGGGGGCAGAAAAUCUUACCCGUGAUUCCGCAGCUCAUCAUCCCGAUCAAGACGGCGCUGAACACGAGGGAUCCGUCCGUGGUGUGCAUCGUCGUGCAGCUCCUGCAGAAGCUCGUCGUCUCCGCGGAGCUCGUCGGCGAGGCGCUCGUGCCGUAUUACCGACAGAUCUUGCCCAUCCUGAAUUUGUUCAAGAACCGCAACAACAACGUCGGAGACGCGAUCGAUUACGGUCAACGCAAGAAGGCGUGCAUGGGCGAGCUGAUCCUGGACACGUUGCAACUGUUCGAGACGUACGGCGGGGAGGACGCGUUCAUCAACAUCAAGUACAUGGUGCCGACGUACGAGAGCUGCAUCAACCU